AUGCGCGCGCACGGACGCCGCGCGCGCGACUGUGACGCGUCGGCGUUCGCGGUGUGUAGCACUAGCGGCGACGUACUGAAGGAACCGCACUCCGCGGACGUCGACGCUUUGCGAGGAAUGCUCGUCCCGAUCGAGCUGACGCUGCGCGAACACCCGAACGAUGAGAACGGUGUGACUGACGCCGUCGACGCGACGCCGAGCGCCGGGGCGACGUCGAGCGAGCCGAGCGAGCCGGAGCGGAAGUUUUUCGGAGACAAAGUGUCGCACUGGUCAGAUUUCGACGCCCCGGGAACGCUGACGUGCGCGUUUAGCGUCGAGAGCGGGGAUGAUACGGACCGUGAUGUCACGGCGGAAGCAUUCUUUACGUGUGACGUCGCGCUGGCGCGAUCGCGCGCGCAGUUGACGCGUGGAGGCGUGGUGGCGCGGUGCGAGACGGCAAGCACGUCGCUUGGCUCUUGUGGACGACGGUUCGAGGUGACGUGCGCAUUCGAUGGCAUCGACACGAGUGCGUGCGUGGCGCACGACGUGAUAAACGUUGGAGCGUUCGAGGUGGUAGUGCGCUCGACGGAUGGGACGGAGGCGGGACGCGGUGCGCUGCUGGCUCGCGUCGAGAGAGACGAAACUGGAAAAGCCAAGCGUUUGGUGCAACCGUACGAGGCCUCGUUCGAUGCGUGA